AUGUCCGCCGCCAGCCUCCGCCGCCGGCCACAGACAAUCGUGGCUUGCCACGUCGCCCCGGGCCCGAUCCCGCGCCCCGUGCCCGCUGCCCUAGCGCCGCCGCCGGAGACGUGCUCCUCCGCCGCCUUCGUGCCCGACCCCGUCGCCGGCGCACCUCCCGCCGCCUCCCGUCGGGUCGCCGCCGCCGCCUCCUACUGUGGGCGCCCGAGCCCGAGCGCUCCACGCCCGCGUCGCCGGUGCCCCGCCGCCGCGUGCUCGCCGCCCGGCGCCGCCGCCAGUCCACCGUCGACCGGCUCCGCCCCGCCGCCGCAGGGCUCCGCCCUCGCCGGCCCCUUCGGCUUCGGGAUCGUUGGGAUCCGGCCCUCCCUCGCCGGAUCCGGCCACCGGCGCCGCCCCCCCCCCCCCGGCCUCCGGCCGCCUUCCUCUUCUGCGCCGGCGAAGAUGCCGGUGAACCUCGUUCUCCGCGCCAGAUCCAGGUCCGCAGGUUGA